GGCGGCGACGCGGCCGCCCCACCUGCCCGGCCCGCUCGGCCCCCCGGCGGCGCGCGCUCCUCCUCCCGCGGGGCUCGGGUCGGCCGCUCGCAUUCCGUGCCGGGUCGGGCUCGCGGCGGCCGCGGAGCGCGGAGCUCGAGGGGGAAGCCGGCGGGCGACGCGCGCAGCCACGACGGAGCAGCCGCGGGACUGGCCGCCCCGCGCCCCGUUUGCCGCCGUGCCGUUCCCCGGCGCGCUCACCCCGUUUUCGGGAUGGGAGUGUAGCGGUGGCGCGGACUCGGCGGGGAUCGCGGUGGAGGCGGCUGCGGCGGCCGAGCGCGGCUCCAUGUUUUCCCCCGGCCAGGAGGAGCCCAGCGCCCCCGACAAGGAGCCGGUGAAAUACGGGGAGCUGGUGGUCCUGGGGUACAAUGGUGCUUUGCCUAAUGGUGACAGGGGCAGGAGGAAAAGCAGAUUUGCCCUCUAUAAGCGGACCAAGGCCAACGGUGUCAAGCCCAGCACAAUCCACGUGGUCUCCACACCCCAGGCAUCCAAGAUUCCAGAAGUUGUUUUCCUGGAUGUAGAUCAGAAGAAGCUCAGUGUCCAUGAAGAAGCUACCCAUGCUAUCAGCUGCAAAGGCCAGCACAGCAUAUCCUACACUCUGUCGAGGAACCAGACCGUGGUGGUGGAGUACACACACGAUAAAGACACGGACAUGUUCCAGGUGGGCAGAUCAACAGAAAGCCCUAUCGACUUUGUGGUUACCGACACCGUUUCCGGUGGCCAGAACGAUGAUGCCCAGAUCACACAGAGCACCAUCUCCAGGUUUGCCUGCAGGAUCGUGUGUGACAGGAAUGAGCCGUACACGGCACGCAUAUUCGCAGCUGGAUUCGACUCCUCCAAAAACAUCUUUCUUGGAGAAAAGGCAGCAAAAUGGAAAAACCCUGACGGACACAUGGACGGGCUCACCACCAACGGUGUUCUGGUGAUGCACCCCCGGGGGGGCUUCACAGAGGAGUCCCAGCCGGGAGUCUGGAGAGAGAUCUCUGUCUGUGGAGACGUGUACACCUUACGAGAGACCAGGUCGGCCCAGCAGAGGGGAAAGCUGGUGGAAAGUGAGACCAACGUCCUUCAAGACGGCUCCCUCAUUGACCUGUGCGGAGCCACACUUCUCUGGAGAACCGCUGAUGGCCUUUUUCACACUCCGACUCAGAAACACAUUGAAGCCCUCCGGCAGGAGAUCAAUGCAGCCCGACCCCAGUGUCCUGUGGGUCUCAACACCCUGGCCUUCCCCAGCAUCAAUCGGAAGGAGGUGGUGGAGGAGAAGCAGCCCUGGGCGUACCUGAGCUGUGGCCAUGUGCAUGGCUACCACAACUGGGGCCAUCGGAGUGACAGAGAGCCCAAUGAGAGGGAGUGUCCCAUGUGCAGGACUGUGGGCCCCUACGUCCCCCUCUGGCUGGGCUGUGAGGCAGGAUUUUAUGUUGAUGCUGGACCCCCAACUCACGCCUUCACCCCCUGUGGACACGUGUGUUCAGAGAAGUCUGCAAAGUACUGGUCUCAGAUCCCGCUGCCUCAUGGGACCCACGCAUUUCAUGCCGCCUGCCCGUUCUGUGCCACACAGCUGGUUGGCGAACAGAACUGCAUCAAAUUGAUUUUCCAGGGUCCAGUGGACUGACACCCUGGACAGCCACUACAUGUUAUUAACAAGUUACUGUGAAGAUUUUGCCACUAACUCUAGAUUCUAUCUUUUUGUAAUGCUCUUUGUUAAGGGAAAGGCAGACGGGGUUGGGGAAAAAAGGGGGGUUCUGGUUAUGAAACACGGCAGAAAUUGACAGAUAGCACUGUGUUUUGCAUGCUUGGAACAGCAGCAGCAUCAUUGAGGUCUGCCUGAUUAAACCUUAAUACCUGCGUAAUAAUUGGAUUUCAACUACCACGGUUUUAUUUUUAACUUUGAGUGUUUAACCAAGUUUUUUUUGUUGUUUUUGGGUUUUUGCUUUGUAAACUUAGACAAGGUUUUACAUCCUUUUUUACAAGUGCAGAGGAAGCUUAUUCAGCAGAUGUCCUGCAGUGUUGCAAGACACAGGUGUCACCUACAAGAUGUUCAGUGGCUGGGACUACUUGAAAGUGGCCAGAAUCGGACCCAAUAUCAGGGCCUGCUGUUGGCUUCCCAGAAGCUCCAAGGGAACAGGAAGCAUAGGCAAGGCAAGGCAAGGCACUUGUUUUCAAACCUACAGCUUUGUUUCUCAUUUAUUUUCUGACUUUGGGCAGAAGAGAAUAUCCGUAUGUUAACUUUAUUUUAACCUGAGCAGAAUUUAUUUACACAUUCAUUCAUCAGAUACAUAGCAUAUCAAACAAAGCCUUUCCUGGAAGCUUUUAAUCUGCCCCCUUAUUUUUGCUUAAUAUGGGCUGUCUCUCAUCUUCAUCUUAACAUUUCAAAAACUGAUUGAUUGGUUAAUUAAAAUCUAGCAGCUUUUCGAAAUUGACGCGCUGAGGGUGGCAGCAGGAGUCAGGAGCCACGCAAGGCUGUGGCAUCUGUGAGGCUCUGUGGGCGUGUCCUGAGUCCGCUAAUACCAGCCUCAUCUGCAUACCAAAUUGCUUAAGACCCAAGAGAGAUUUGAAAUAUGCUUUUACUUCUAAAGCCACUUGUUGACACUUCAUGGUAUGGCUUCCUCUCUCCUCCUCUUCCUUGUCCUUUCUUAGAAAGCUAAAUUUUGUGAGCCCCAAAGCAACAAAAGACAGUGGAAGUGUCCUUUUUUCACUGCCUUUCCACCAUCGGUUCCCUUCCCUUUGAGGUGAAGCAGCCCCAUACGUUUUGAAAAUGUUUGCAAAUCAAACCAAGUUUAAAUGUGACCACUAGAUGCACAGGGCACCAAGGGUAUGUCUGUGAUCAUUUGAAAUUCCUGAUUUUGAGAGAGCUAGUGAGUGGUCACUGAGAAAUAAUUAAAUCAGAAUUUCAUGAGUUGGGCUAGCCCUCUGUUAGUUUCACUUUGUGUUGAUUAAUAAUUCCUGAAUGUUCAUUUUCUGGGUUUGGUGCCAGGAUUGAUGUGGUUCAGAGUGUAGAUACUCCGUCGGUCUUAGCUACGUUCCACCAUUCCCAGGGAGAAAGUCUUCAGUUAAGCUAACAUCUGUUUAAAUGGACCGUCAACGGACUUGAGCUGCUUGGUUUAUUGUUAGUAAAUAUGUAUAAUUUAUGUUAAUCUGAUAUACCAUGUCCAUACUUGAAUUGGUUUUUCCAUAUUUUGCCUUUUUACAGAUAUUUCCCCUAUUUUCAGCAAAGUAAACCUAUUUGAAUACCUUUUCUUAAAAACAAAAAGGAACAUUAUUCUCUAAUGCUGCUGCCUCCCUGGACCAAGUAUGCUGGGUUUAUCUGUCGGUUUUAAAAUAGCUUUAUUUUUCCAGGGAGACCAUUGUGUAGAAAGAGGUAUUUUUUUUAAUUAUAUUUAUGAUGUGGAAAUCCAACAACAAUCUUCUUUCUAUUAGUUUCCUCUGUUCUACAUAGAAAGGCAAAAAAGAAAGAUCUGAUGCAGCAGAGCUUCAAGCACUGGCUUUCCGAGAAGGAUAAAGGGUACCUCCUUCCCUCCCCUUUUUAUAUGGGCAGUUUGACAGUUCUUGAUUCCUAGUAGUAUCCUCUAAGGUGAAGGGUCUUAACCCAGAAAAGUUUAAUUUCACCCAUCCAAAAAAAAAAAAUACUUCUCGAGGACAUUCCACUCUGAUACCAGACUCCUCUGUGUCAAGACGUCUGCUUGUUUUGCACAUGAUGCAUGCGCCUAAACAAGGGAAGAGUCGGACCUCUGAAUCCAAGACUGCAGACUCAGCCACUAGCUCUCCAGGGGCAGUAGCCACCUUUAUCAUUUCCUUGGGUUGCCAGGUGAGGAACACAGCCAUGUCACCUGCAAAGGAAGCCGUGCGGACUUGGACAACUUGUGAUAAGUCCUCACUUUCUGCUGAGGGAAGGGUUUUCAAGAAUAAAGAACCCAUGUAGAGUGUGAUACAGUUGAGAAAAGGAAACCUCCCCAAGGUCGCUUCUGUUUGCAUGUUGACUCGCCAUCACAUUUAAAAGGAUGAAUCCUAAUCCCCACCCACCCACGUGAACAUAAGGACAUCACCCACCGCUCUCCCUGGUCUCGGCCUGACCAGUUGUCUUUUUCAAGUAGGUUUCCAGAAGUAUAGACCCAGUUACAUGCUUCCAUAGAUAAUAGCUUUUUCCAUUCUUUGUGACAUUUCAUUACAAAAAAAAAAAAAAAAGAUUCAGAGAGAAUGGGAGACAGCUCUGAGUAUUUUUCUAGUGUUUUGUUAUUAUUGAUCCGUGUGCUGGGCCACGCACACUGCAGCUCUCCACAUUUCCCUGAUUUCCUUCAGCUUUCUGCAGAAAGGGCUACAGUUCACACUGCAGAGGAAGUAGUACGCUUUCUGGGUCUCACACACACGCACACACACACUUCUGUGGCCCAAAAGAAGUAAAAUCUUUUAAUAUAAAUAGAGAGCAUAUUUAUAUCAUUCCUCAAUAGUUAAUUAUAGUGUUUGGUACCUUUGUGCCUCAGGGAAGCCACGUGAUGUAACUGGUUGUAGACUUUCAGGGCUAGGGUGCAGAGAAAGGAGAAAGCCAUUGGAAAAAGCGAUGGGCUCCACUAAGGAGACCAAUUACUCUAGUGCAGAAGCAUGCCAGGACUGGCAUAAAUGUGAUUGGAGUAGAAUUUGUUUCCCAGUACUAGUAGGGAGAUUACUUAAGUUAUUACAUAUACUGUAUUAGGAGAGUUGGGAACUCUUCAUAAAUAAUCGAUGCCUCUCUUGCUUACCAGUCUCUGUUCUUGGGAGCUCAGUAUUGAUAUUCGAACACUUUUAAGAGUUUAGGGAACACGUUUUCUACUUAAGUGUACUAAAGUUGUUCUGUGGUUUCACUCAGCUUCUUUCCUCCUCCAGAGCUGUUCUGGUCUUUGGAUGUGCGCGAGAGGUGGCUGAGCAUGCCGCCGUCGGUGCUGUCUGCAUGCAGUCUCGCCUCUCACAGUGGGCAUGCAGACAGACAGCCCCGAGGACCUGGAUUUCCAGCCACAUCUGCUUCUGUUCCCUUGGCUGUCGGUCUCACUGCCCAGGGUUCUGCCCUUUGGACUAAGGGUCUGGAGCUCCCGCCGUGGUGCUGAGCACAGGACGCAGCUCCGCUCAUCGCGUUAGUACUCAAGGCCAGGGAGAUAACUUGGGGAUAGUUUUAGGAGAUGCUAAGCACUGCGGAAGAGGGAAACCAGCAUUCCGUCUUGUCUUUUUGAUAAUAUGUCCUCACAAGUGUCUGCCCCCAUGACUCCCUAGUGGACAGGAGGGAAAAACAAAUAUAUUUUCCAAUUCAGCUUAACUUUCUAAAAAGAAAUCCGUGUGCUGAAAGGGAUGUUCUGUCUUUUAAGCUGAGAUCACAGAUUGCUUCUCUGUAUCAAAUAACCUAGAAGUUAGGGGGCUGGUCAUAUUUACCAUGUAUAGUGUUACAAGCAGUUAAAUUUUAUGGCUAUAUUUGUAAAAUCUGUUCUUUUGUAUUUCAUGUCCAAUUGAAAAUUUUAUUUCUUCACUGUUGUACUUGUGGAAAUACAAGCCAUUUUACAGGGAAAAAGUCUUCAAAAGCUAUUAAACAAAUCUCCCAUGUU